CUCUGCAAGCCAUACUUUAACUGUAAAAGAGCUGCAUGUGGCUUGCAAGCCACAGUUUGGCCACCCGGCCCCUGCUCUAUGCAGAUCUCAUGCAAGUUUCUGGGACAAACUAAAAUAUUGCAUAAAGUCUGUGGAAUUAAGCUCUCUUACACCAGGUCUCACUUUGUCCCUAUAUCUGUGUAAGUCUGCUUAAAGUGAUGUUUAGCACUGCAGCAUUCAAUUAAUAUUGCAUUAAACAUAAGAAUUCAGACAAGAGUAAGAUGACAUGAAAUUUUAAAGACAUCUGUAUUCUCAGGGACAGUAUCAAUGGCCAUGUAGAACUUCACAGGUGUCACUAUGCUGUACGCCAUGGCUAAUUGGAACUUUGCAGCACUCAGAUAAUUCUACUCAAAAGGCACAGACUCCUAUUGCUUGAGCCAAAGAAGAGAUUCUGUUUUCUGUUAGCUCUGAAACAUUUGAGCAUUUCUGGUUCUGUUGAUUAGAGGGCAGUGAUACACUUGUAUUCUAGGCAGCUCAUUGCAAUAUUACUUUAUAUUGUUGUAUAUAAGUCAUAUGAUCAUGUAAGGGGAGAUCCAACUGUAAUGCCUCCAUGCAAGGUGACAGGGAUAAGUUUGCUAUGGGAAGUUGAGGUAGUGCCUAUUUUCUUGGGAGUGUUCAAUUACAUGUUCUAAUCUAGAGAGACAUGCUUGAUGGAGUUGCACUUUCUUUUACCAUGAAGUAUUCUAUUUACUCCAACAAAUCCCCCUAGAUAAUAUAUGGAGAAGAAUAUUUUGAGUAUAAAAACUUUAAUUAAUUGUGUAAGAGGGAAAGAAAAUAAGAAAGAGGACUAUAAAAAGAUUAAGGAAAAUGAGAAAAUCUCUGCUUGGUAAUUGUACUGUAUUUUAAAAAAAAACACCUCUGUUGUAAAUAUUACAAGAAUAUACAUAUGCAGAAUGCUUUCCUUUUGUUUUCAAUAACAUACCUAAAUAUAAGUGAGUGGUCUUAUCCUAUAUAAUAUUAAAUGGAGACAAAGCCAUAUGAUAAGGGUAAGUCUAUGUUAUUUAUUUUUGAAAUAAGUUAUUUCUGUUUUACAUAUCCUUUUAAACUCAUCCAAGUCCUGGGUCAUUCUUGCUGUGACUUGCUCCAUUACAGUUUUAUUCUGAUCAGGUUGAGCCAUGUAGUCCAGGGGUAGGCAAGCUAUGGCACGCGUGCCAAAUGCGGCACGCAAGCUGAUUUUCAAUGGCACUCACACUGCCAGGAUCCCGGCCACCAGUCUGCAUUUUAAUUUAAUUUUAAAUGAAGCUUCUUAAACAUUUUAAAAACCUUAUUUACUUUAUAUACAACAAUAGUUUAGUUAUAUAUUCAAGACUUAUUGAAAGAGACCUUGUAAAAACAUUAAAAUGUAUUACUGGCAUCCAAAAACUUAAAUUAGAGUGAAUAAAUGAAGACUCGGCAUACCACUUCUGAAAGGUUGCCAACCCCGAUGUAGUCCUUUAUGGAUCCUGCUGGGUUCAUUCAUGUCAUCAUCAGUAUUGCUUUUGUGGGCAGUGUUAACAAUAGCAAAAUUAUCAAAAGUCAUUGGAGCUAAGUGACUUAGAAGCCUAAGUUCCAUUUAUGUUCAAUAAAACUUAGGCUCCUAUGUCACUUUUAGAUGCUUUUGAAAAUUUUACCCACAGUGCAUUUGUCUAUUUUAGGUGAGCUUUUGUAGGAACAACAAUCUCCAGUGUGUCUGUAAAGGUGUGUGUUUUAGUUGACAUGACAAGAAUACAUCAAAAUAAGAUGCUGUUGUAAUUUAUAUUUAUUAGAAACAGUAUGUUGUUUUUUAAAAUAAAUUUAGUUUUGGUCAAAGUUUGCAGUAUAGGGGUCAGUACAAAAAAGGUAAAAUAAACAUAAAUACAAGUAAUUUCUAUUGCUUUCUCUACCUUUUAAAUUUAUUGGAUUGCAUUUAUCUUUGGUUUGUCUUUUUUGAAAUGUUAUCAUUUAUUCUUUCAUUGCAAAAUUCUCAGUGUUUUGUAGGCUAUAGCUCCAAUCUUCUGUGUAGACCUGAGUAACUUUACUCAUGACAUCACCAGCACUGCUCCCGUGAGUAAAGUUAUAUAUGUGCUUACAUGUUUGCAAGAGUGGGGACAAAAUCCAUAUAUUGACAUUGAAAUAUACCCACCUCUGGACAAAGUUUAACAGAUAGGUGAACAACAGAUGGGGAGAAGAUAGGGAAAAAUGGUUGGCCACCGGAGCAAACCCCCUAUUCUUUAGAAAAAUACCAUAUGAUCUUUAAUGUCCACGCAGAGGGGACAGGACACUGACAGUUAAAGGCCCAUGGGAAACGACACGCGCAACACAAACAAUUGCAUGCAAGUCUUGCUAACUUUCCUUUUUGGAGCUGUGAUGUUCCUGAGUAACCUCGCCUUCCUUAGAUGCAAAGACUUUGAAGAAGCAUCUCUUUUCAUUGCCAAAAAAAUAGUACAUGAACUAAUAGAGGCCUGGGAAGGAGGGACAACGAUUGACUUCUGCGCCAAACACAGUUGUUAUCGUUCUCUUCAAAGGGACCAGCCCCCCUGCCACCAGCAGUGAUGGGGGGGGCAGCAGCUGCACAUUCUCUCGCGCAUGCACGCAGCUAAACUGCCCCCCCCCCUUGCUGUUGCUUCUGCUCCUGCUCAGACUCCAGUCUCCGUGCGCUGCCGCUGCAGACCAUGGCACCUUUGCUCCAGCUCAGCUCCUUUUUCUUCACUCUGAUCGCCUGCUUCAAGGUUCACCAGCUGGCUGGGGCUGCUGGAGGACCCAGCAGCAGGCGGGGGCCCGCGGCUGACACGUGUGGAUGGAGGGUGCUGCCACCAGUCAGCAAAAACAGUGGAAUGCUUAAUGUCACCUUUAAAUAUGACAAUUGCACUCCUUAUUUGAAUUCAGUGGGAAAACACAUGAUUGGAGAUGUGCAAAAUAUAACAGUCAGCCAGUAUGCAUGUUCUGAACAAGUUGCAGUGACAAUACUUUGGACAGCAAAUCUACUUGGGAUUGAAUUCCUGAAAGGAUUUCGAGUAAUACUUGAGGAGUUAAAAUCAGAGGGAAGACAGUGUCAGCAAAUGGCUUUAAAAGACCCAAAGCAGCUCAACUCUGGUUUUAAAAGAACUGGAAUGGAAUCUCAGCCUUUUUUGAAUCUGAAAUUUGAAACUGAUUAUUUUGUAAAGAUUGUUCCUUUUCCUUCCAUUAAAAAUGAAAGUAAUUACCACCCAUUUUUCUUCAGAACUCGACCAUGUGAAUUGUUGCUACAGCCAGAAAAUCUUGCCUGCAAACCUUUCUGGAAGCCCAGGAAUCUGAAUAUUACCCAGCAAGGUUUUAACAUGCAAGUGUCUUUUGAUCACGCACCUCACAACUUUGGCUUUAAAUAUUACUAUCUUCACUACAAACUUAAGGAUGAAGGAUCCUUUAAACAAAAGACCUGCAGACAAGAACAAAACACGGAUAUCACAAGUUGUGUUCUUCAGAAUAUAGCUCCAGGGGAUUACAUCAUUGAGCUGGUUGAUGACACUAACACAACAAGGAAAACAAUGCACUAUGCACUAAAACCAGUACAUUCCCCGUGGGCUGGACCAAUAAGGGCCAUUGCCAUUACCGUUCCCUUAGUUGUCAUCUCAGCAUUUGCAACGCUUUUCACGGUGAUGUGCCGUAAAAAACAACAAGAUGAGGAGAGCUCGGAAUCUUCUACAUAUGCUGCAUCACUCCAUGUGGAAAGGCUCCGUCCCCGACCAAAAGUGUUCAUCUGCUAUUCCAGUAAAGAUUGCCAGAAACACAUAAAUGUCAUUCAGUGCUUCGCUUAUUUCCUUCAGGACUUCUGUGGCUGUGAGGUUGCACUGGAUAUAUGGGAAGAUUUAAAAAACUGUAAAGAAGGGCAGAAAGAGUGGCUUAUUCAAAAAAUCAACGAGUCCCAAUUUAUCAUCAUUGUAUGUUCCAAGGGAAUGAAAUACUUUGUGGAAAAAAAGAACUGGAAGCACAAGGGAGCAACCAGAGAUGCCGAGAAAGGAGAACUCUUUCUGCUUGCCAUAUCUAUCAUUGCAGAGAAGCUGCGUCAGGCAAAGCAGAAUUCAGAUGACCUCUGCAAGUUCAUUGCAGUCUACUUUGACUACUCCUGUGAGGGUGACAUUCCUGGCAUCGUGGAUCUAAGUACAAAGUACAAGCUCAUGGAUAACCUCCCUCAGCUUUACUCUCACUUACACUCCAGAGAGCUGAGCCUUCAGGAUUCAGAGGUGUACCCUGUAAAUAUUAGCAAAAGAAACUACUUCAGGAGCAAAUCUGGCCGGUCCCUUUAUGUUGCCAUUUGCAAUAUGCACCAGUUCAUUGAUCAGGAGCCUGACUGGUUUGAGCAACAACUCAUUCCUUUUCCUCAACCUCCUUUACAUUACCAAGAACCUGUGAUGGAAAAAUUUGACUCAGGCUUGGUUUUAAAUGACUUAGUGAGUAAACAGGUGACUGAUGGGGAUUUCUACCUGAAAACAGAUGUAAAUAUUAUUCCUGCUGUAAAUUCAGACUCUCACUGUAUAAUUCAGCACUUUAACCUUGGAGAAGAUGCAGAGACUCAGGACAUUCAAGUUGGUAGCUCUGUUCUUCAGCCAUUGUUGCAUGUUAUAAAAGCUGCCAAUCUUCCAGAUAUGCCCCGGGAUUCAGGAAUCUAUGAUUCUUCUGUUCCUUCAUCUGAGUUAUCUCUACCUUUAAUGGACGGACUUUUGACAGACCAAAUUGAAACCUCUUCCAUUACGGAGAGUGUCUCUUCAUCUUCAGGUUUAGGAGAAGAAGAACCCCCUGUGCUCACUCCUACAAAAUGCCUAGUCCCUGGAAUAUGUAAAGCAGAACUUCAUUGCCACAUCCAUACCGAUGAACUGCAGGCAAUUGCACCUUUAUAAUAUGUUACAAGAUUGUUAAGCAUCGCCACUUUAUCAAUAGGCUCUGUUUGUGUGUUAACCAUCACAUCACCCCAACUGCUAAAACUUCUUGAAGGAACAAAUGCUUCCUUGAAGGAUCUGCUAUUCCUAAGGGAAUUUGUGGCCAGUAGACGUUUACCUAUAGGUCUCUUUAUAGACUCUUUUCUGAUCUGAAAAUGAAGCAUUGAAAGAGAUGAAGAUACACUUUGAAAUUACCAGCUUAAAUUGCAUGUUGAAAUUAUACUCUUUACAUAUAUCACAAUCAAAAAUCACUUCUGAUGUUUUUAUUAGAAAUAUUUUUGACUGAACAUACAAUAACUAGUCACUUUUGGCUUGGAUCAUUAACCAUCUCAAUGGCACAACAUGUUUUGCAGCAGAAAUUCUGGUUUUAAAUGCUGAAAUAUUUAAUAGUAUGAGUAUUUUAGUGAUGAUCAGUGGGAUUUUUGUGACAGGAGUCAUGGUCAUAAAAUGCAUAAGGCCAGACCUAGUAAAGCUCCAAAUAUUAGACAACUAUUCCUUUAGCAAACAUUUAAGCAUUUUUUCAACCCUGUCCCUCCAAAAAGUUUGUUUAUUCCUUUGCAUUCCAGUGGAAGGUAAAAGCAUGUGUCCUGUCCCCCACAGCUCCAUCUCCAUCCAGAUUUUGGCACACAUGUAAGGGAAACGUGUUGUGCCAUUCUGUCAUUUCAACUCUAGGAUGGUACAAUGCAAGGCUAUAGGACACAUAUGUUUGUUGGAUUUCCUGAUGUCCAUUUCAAGGUUUAAUUGUUUUUUGUGGAAAUUUCUCUUCAGACUCAGUUUCUUUUAAAUGGUCUUAGUUCUGUCUGAUUUUGUGGAAGAUAAAAUUCCUGUUCCCUACGUGUUUCCCACAUUGAGCUCAUUGCAGUAUCAGGAAUUGAUUUAGGAAUACUCUGUUUUAGAAUGCUGCAGCCUUUGAGGGUGAACAUUGCAAUAGAUGCAAUAAGUGAAGCUUCUUGCUUGCCUAUCCAGAGCUAGGGUAAUUAUUUCUAUUUUUUAAAAAUUCCAUUCUUGACAAGCUGGCUACAAUGUCUCACAAAUAAGGCCAUGGUGAACCAUAACACUUGUAUAAUUAAAAAAAAAUCCUCUAUACCUCUAUAGAAUGAUGCAGUGGAAAGUGAAUCUCCUAUCAUCUUCCUGGAUGGGUUGGUGGGAGAAAGGAUGCAGAGAGUGAUGGAGAAAGAGUCACCAUAUCUUGUCUUUGUGUAGGGCAUUAUUGGGCCUGAGGACAGCCCUAAUAGAGUUUGUGCUUGUUGUAGAAAGUAUAUAAACUCCAGGUUACCCCAUAAAAAUGUGCUGCUUCACAUCCCUUUGGAGUAUAGGAAGUUAGAGUAGGCAGUGAGUGAGUGGCUAUCUGCAUAUCUUUGUAUUGGGCAGCCACAAGACAAAUGUGUAUUGGUUAUUUUGAAGUUCCCAAUACUGAAAAUUUCCUAGUGAAUGGGAUAAGUAUUCAUUUUAAACUCAUGUUAUAUUAAGCAAAAGUCUAACUACAGACACCCUAUAAUGCAUCUGGCCACAUUUGUCUGAAGACAAACAGUAUGAAGUUCCUUCUCUUGCAAUGAUGAUUUAGGUAUAUCUUCAUGUGAGGGACCCCUACUGCUUCCAGACAACAGUUUCUCAUAAGCAAAAUAAAAUUUGAAUACCCCAAAUCCUGCCAUUUUAAAUAAUAACAAAGGAUGUCCUGUUUGGCUACCUGUGCUAAAUUUACUAAUUUGGGAUCUAAACUGCACCCUAUCCAAUCCCAUUGAUUUGGGGUUGCAUUGGGUGUUAAUCAGGGUAUAAUAAUAAUUAUAGCUGUCCAUAGCUUGUCAAAAAUCUUUCUGUAAGUGGAACUUUCUCAGUUCUGUGUUUGUUUAUUUUAAUGAACAAACAAUGCUGGGUUUUGAUAUGAUUCUCAACAGGUAUCUGAGUAGUUGAAUCAUAUUUAAAUGUAAUCAUUGGCAGCAGAAUCCAGCACACUUCAUAACUGUGGUACAAAACAAUAGAAUGAGGCAGAUAGAUACACCAGUAUUUAUGAUUUAUGAUGGAGCUUUACUUCUACUAAUGUAAAACUCCUCACCUAUUUUUCAGUGUAAUUUUUCUGCUAAACUCAAAGUGAAUUCCACAAACUCAAAAUGUCACAAGGAUCUUAGUUAAUUCUAAAUAGUGUGCGAAUGAUCUGAAAGCAUGGGAACAACUACAGAUGAUUUUUAUAUAUUGUGCCUUGGAUUGUACUGAAAGCGAAAUUCUUACAGUUGCCCCAUUCUUUGGAAGUUUAAAAGUACUUGGGUCAAAUUAGAUAGCAUCAUUUAAGACCAAAUCCUGCCCCACCACCUGCAGGUGUGGAUGAUCAUGACUCAGUGGGGUUUGUGCAGUUCCAUUGUGGAAAGAACCGAAGACUGGAUGCCUGGACACCAGGCAGGAGGUUUGACUGGAUCCUAGGCAGGAGGUUUUCACCUGCUAUGUGCAGCAAAGCUGAGCUCUACGGGGAGGUGACUGGACAGGUGACAGCCUAUUACUUCAUGCAGGACUAAAGAUUUGGGUGAAUUCCUGGCUACAUUGAAAUCAAUUGCAAAAUUCCCAAUGAAUUCAGCGAGGCCAGGAUUUCACCCUUGACUCUUAACAAACAGUCAUUUUCAAAUAUGGAUUGAUGAAUCUGUUGCAAACUAACAUUAGUUUUCUUACUUAAAAAUUUGCUGUACAAUCCUGCUAAUCUUAACUGAGCCUUGAAGUUAUAGAUAGGCUUGGGAGAUACCACAAUCAAAUUAAUUUUAGUCAAAUAUAUUUUUCCCCACCAGGUAAUGGAUGGAAGCCUAAUUUUGAACGCCUUUGGGAGGGAAAAGAACAGAAGUCAUUAUAGGCUUUGUGUAUAGACUGUAGAAAAUAGCAGACCACUUUGGAUUUUUGUUUUAAUUAAAUGGAAUUAUAAAAUGGAAGGAAAUAAUGUUUAAUUUACUUCAUAGUGAUUUUUUGACAAAGUUAGCCACUUUGAUUUUUAAAUUCAUAAAAAUUGCAUACAUAUUUUGGGGGAUAGAGGAGGGGAAUUACUACUGAGUUUGCAAGAAUUCUGUUUUUUUCCCCUUAAGAGGCCAUGAGCAAAAGCUCUUGUUAAAAAAAAAAUUAAAAACCAAAUAUGUUGAUAUACAUUUUAGAGAUUAGUUUUCUACUAUUUUCAUGUGUUAGUAAAAUCUAAACUGAAUGUAAAUGGUGAAAUAAUCCCUCUUGUUACUACUAGACUCUACAAAUGUGUUGAAAUGUGAUCAUUUUGAUGUGUUUAUAAGAUGUAUGUUUUCUCUGAGGAUGAAAAAAUAGAGGAAAGCUAAGGAUGCAAGACGUAGCUGUAUGUUCAACAAUUACAUUGAUAAAUAUAGUUUUUGUAUUUUGUACAUGUAUAUAAACUGACAGUAGACAGCAGCUGAUAUUUGCAGAAAUUUUUUUUAUGGUACCAUAAUUUAGAAGUUAAACAUGAAAAUAAAAAGUCAUAAGACAUG